AUGUCCCUCCAGCACAUUCCUCAAAAUGUUGGCCUUGAGUCAAGCUCCAAGAAGAAGUUCAACAGAUCUGCAGCUGCUUUGGAUGCUCAUGUACAAGAACUAGAGUACAAGCUUGAGAAGGAGAGGCGAGUCGCUGAGUUGAUGCGAGAGGAGCUUGUUGAUGUCAAGAAGAAAUCAGAGGAGACCGAAGCUGCACGCGCCGCAGAGUACCAGUUGUUACUGCAAAGAGUUGAGGCCACCGAUGCUAGAUUUGCGCAUCUCAUGAAUCUGUUCGAAGGUAAAAUAGUUUAG